UGCUAUCAUACUGCACACAAACAUGGCGGAACCCAACGAGCUGCAGCUGCUCUGCUGGGGAGGCGACUGGGAUCUGCCGUCAGUGCACACAGACUGCCUCGUUGUGCUGGCGUAUGCAAAGUUUGCUGGGGCAGAGCUUGCGGUAAAGUCUGUUGACUGGACGUGGAGGACUAUUACAGCAUCUGUGCCACGACUAUAUUAUGAGGGAUCCACAGUCACAGAACCAACACAAAUUCUAAACUUCCUUCGAAAACAGAGUUUCAAUGCCGACUAUGAGUUGACCGCUAAGCAAGGGGCAGAUACAAUGGCUUACAUCGCAUUACUGGAGGAAAAGCUGCUGCCAGCACUGCUCCACACAUUCUGGGUGGACGCAGAGAACUAUGCUAACCUGACCCGGCCGUGGUUUACGUCACAUUCCCCGUUCCCUCUCAACUUCUUUGUUCCGGGUCGACAGGCCAAUUUGGCCUUGUCUCGCAUCUUACUGACCAAAGCAGAGUCGCCAUUGCUGAACAUCACAGAGGUGGAGGGAAAGAUCUACAGUGAAGCCAAAGAGUGCCUGAAUCUGCUUUCCCACAGACUUGGGAACUUACGCUUCUUCUUUGGAGACACGCCUACAAGCCUGGACGCCUUUGUAUUUGGCCACAUUGCCCCUCUUAUUAAAGCCCCUCUGCCCAGUGGGCAGCUUCAGAAGCACCUGAACCAACUUGAUAACCUCUGCCAGUUCUGCAACACCAUCCUUAAAAAGUACUUUACUGAUGCCACCACUGAGAAGAGAAUGGACUGUUCACCAAUGGCUACCCAUGAUCCUGUUGAUGCAAACCUCCAAAAACUGACACAGCUUGUUAACAAAGAGUCCAACCUUAUUGAAAAGAUGGAUGACAAUCUUCGCAGCAGUCCGCAGCACAGACCGCACAGACAUGAGGCCAAACCCUCGGUCAUGGCCAGCGAAAGGAGGCCAACCUGAAAACCCUAUCUAAGCACUGACUUUACCAUUAUUUAUUUUUUUCCCAUUGAAAUUGAAUUUCAAAAUCAUAUUUAAAAUCGAACACAUUGAUGAGGUCAUAAUAAAUGAAUGCUAGUUUUUCAUAAUGAAGUUGCUGAAAUGUUGGUUAACUUGGUUUGAGUGUCGGAUUUUGUAAUACAACACCAUAAAUGGCUUGUUAAAUGGGCAGUCGUCAUCUAAUGUAUAUAAGAAUCUUUUAGCACAUGUGGCAACUACAUACAUUACAAAAAGGGAAAUGCUGACAAUGGAUAUCUUGCGAUACAAAAGUUAUUGUUUAAAGGAGAUGUAGCUUUUAUUUCAGUUGCAUUGCUCUUGCUUUUGGCUGUUUUUGGCUUUCUCUUCAAAUAAUAAUUGUAUAGGGAACUUUUAAUGCACAAGCUUGCUUACUAAAUGCAAAGGCUUUAUGUAUAAGUUUUAUGGUGUUUUAUUUUCUAAAUCCUGCCUAAACACAAAUACAGGUAUAUUAUAAGCUUUACGGUUUAUAGACCGUUUCAGCUUUUAUUUCAUCAGUGUUGUUUAAAAUCACAUUAGGAUUGGCAGGGCAGGUGAUAUAUCAUCCAUGUAUUGGCAUUGUGCCUCAUUUCAGCAUAACUUUCUUAUUUGAACUGAUUUUUCCAUUUCUCUCACUUGAUUAUGUAACCUUGAAGUUCUUGAUUUUUUGGUGCAAAAGGAUCUUGAAAUCUGAUUGUGUGUACUGUGUAUACAUUUAUUGUUCUUCAAAUUCUUCGGGAGGUUUUGUACAUGGAAGGAAUGCCUUAAAAGUCCAGUGCUGUGUCACGCCAUCUCACCUGACUUUAUUUUUGAUGUGAUCAUUAUUCAUUGUCUCUCAAGAAAUUGUAUAUUUCGAAAUAUAUGAGUGUACAGCAAUGUUCAAAUAUAUGUAUAUAUAAGUGCAAGAAAGUAAAAUUCUUUGAAAUA